AUGAUCCCGCCGGGGGAGUGUCUGUAUGCUGGCCGCAAGAGAAGGAAGCCCGUCCAGAAACAGAAGCCAGCUUCGGCGUCCGAGAAGUCCAACCCUUCCAAGCGGCACCGGGACCGCCUCAACGCAGAGCUGGACCACCUGGCCAGCCUGCUCCCGUUUCCGCCCGACAUCAUCUCCAAGCUGGACAAGCUCUCUGUCCUGCGUCUCAGCGUCAGCUACCUCAGGGUCAAGAGCUUCUUCCAAGCUGUGCAGGAGACUGGCUCUCAGAGGCUGGUGGCUGGGGACCCCUCGCUGGGCGACGGGACCGCACAGGGUGGCUCCGAGGUGCUGGAGGGCAGGCUGCUGUUAGAGUCUCUCAACGGCUUCGCGCUGGUGGUGAGCGCGGAAGGAGUGAUCUUUUACGCGUCAGCGACGAUCGUGGACUAUCUGGGCUUUCACCAGACAGACGUGAUGUAUCAGAACGUGUACGACUACAUCCACGUGGACGACCGCCAGGACUUCAGCCGACAACUGCACUGGGCCAUGGACCCGCCCCCCGCGGUGCCGGGCCUGCCGCCGCCCCCAGAGACAGAGUGCUGCGCACAGAGCCAGCUCAUGCUGCGCACAAAGCGCCGGUCGACGAUGCAGUUUCAGGGGAAACUGAAGUUCCUGUUUGGACAGAAGAAGAAGGCGCCGUCGGGGACAGCCCUGCCCCCCCAGCUCUCGCUGUUCUGCGUGGCAGUGCCAGUGCUGCUGCCCUCUGUGGCCGAGAUGAGGAUGAAGACUGCCCUCCUCCGGACCAAGCCCAGGGACACCCUGGCCACCACGGACACCAAGGCCAAAGCAAUGGCGAGUCUGUGUGACCCAGAGCUGCAGGGGACGCCCAGUUACUCGGCAGGGAGGAGCAACGGAGAGCAUGGCAUCCCAGUGUUAAGGGCGCAUGCCGACACCGACCGCUGGACCCAUGCACCGGCCAGGGCCUCCUGCCUCUGCCUCGGUGGUGCCGACCUCGUCCUUGACCCCGAGGGAUCUGCAGGGGACAGGGAGGAAGAGGCUCGAGGGAGGUUGCUGAGUGUGAGGGGGCAACGGCAACUACACUCAUACAACUGCUGCCUGGAAGCCUCCGGGAAGACACGGCAUCUGGGCUGGGCGGCCGAGAGGCAGCACGCAGGCGGUGGCGUGAAGUUGGAGCCAGAGCCUUGUGGAAGCGGCCCGUUUUCAGGGCGCGCCGAACCCCGGGGCACCUGCGUUCCCUACCCAGGCGUCCAGGGCGCCCUCACUGCCAGUGGGGUCGCCGCCUUCAGAAACGCGCCCAGCACCCACCCGCUGGACCGUCCCCCCAGCGCCCACUGCAGCCGAACCAGCAGGCCCUGGCGGGAUUGCGACCAGGCCCUGGUGCCCCCGCCCACCAGCUGCCACCUACCCCAGGGGAGUCUGGGGAAUGGGUUCCCUCAUCCCGGAGCUCCGCGUUUCCCUGUGGGGGGCUACCUCCCCGAGGACGCCAAGCUGCGAAGCUUAGCAGUGCCCCCCGGAGCUCUGUGCAGCCCGAUAUUGUCGCUGGAUGUGCCCAUAAAGGUGGAGAGCGACUCCGGUUCCGAGGACACGGCGGAUGGCUACUCGGCGUCGCUGGGCCAGAUGUGGCUGGGAGCUGGGGACCUGGCCAGGAGGCAGGCGGUCACUUUCCCCAACAGGAUGCCCCUAAAGAGAGAGCCUGACCUCCCCGGGCCCCUCGCCCAUGCCCCGCACCUCGGGCCCAGCUGCCAGGCCACGGCCAGGCCCGGCCCCUUCUAUCCAGCGGGCUGCGCCUGCCUGGAGCGCUUGCGUGGCAGAACUGCGUCCCCAAGCAAGGGCGACGUACACCAGCCCUGGGUGCCCGCCGAGCUGGAGUCUGGGCUCCAGGUGGGAGGCACCGAUCUGCUGGGCGACAGGCAGGAUUGA